AUGGAGAUGGACCUUCAGAAGACGAAAGAGGCUCGGCGGGAUACGCCUGGGAAACAAGAGGAAGGUACAGAUUGUCCCCUGGAGACAUAUGGGGCAGGUGGUCACUCCAAGGACUCGCCAAAGAACGAUUCGCUCGAUCAUCGUGAUGCCAGUAACUCCGGCGUACAGGCAAGUGGAAGUCAACGUCGCCGACCCGCGGAACUGCCCUACGACCAUGACGCAUGCUCGAACGAGUCGGCGCCACUACCUAUGACGGCCAGACUCCCUAUCCAGCCGUCUAGAACCAUGAUGAAGAUCCCCGAAGCUUUGAAUGUCGGUGCCAAGGAACAAAGGCUGUUGGUUACGGCGAAGAGACACCCUCCCGUCACUAAAAGCACGCUGAGCGAGCUCGACCUACCCUGCAUCAUGAGCAACAUCAACCUCCGCAUGGACGCCAACUUCGAUCGCGAUCUGCAUUUCAAGCCCGACCUGGAUGGGGAAAAGGGACGACGCAAGCGGAAGGAGGCGACAGACUACUGGGAGGCUAUGGCGGUCGAGAUCACCGUCUACGGAUAUUACGCCGCGCACGGUGAGGACAACACGAGUCGAGAUGUCCCGGUCGAUCGGCGAGAGUCAUUCGAGCCCCGGCUACCCGCCAUGUUCGAGACGUUGCAGGAAGUCUUGAAGACCCUCGUUCCGGAGCGCGAUCACCCGAGCGUGAUGCAAAACCUUGAGGUGGCACUGCUGAUGCAGCAAAUACAAAAGGGCGUUCUGGACAUGGUCGGAGUGGCCAGAUGGCUGGCGGCCCUGCUCAAAACCCAUUGCGCCCCUAUGCGCGAUGAAUGGGCCGACACGAUGGUCGAGCAGAUCAGCUCGGGGUCGCGAUCGCAGAAUUCCACCGAAGUGGUCAGCGGUCUCCAGACGCUGUUUGCCAUCCUGGAGGCCAUGAAAUUGGUAAGGCUGUAUUUGUUACCCGACGUCAUUGCUCGCCAGGAGAGGUAG